CGUGAAGACGCGACUCGCCCAGCUCCCGCGUCAUCGCCCGCAAUAAAUCCAUCUAAUCUCCAUCUUUCGCGCGAACAAUCUCCACAAAUAUCUUCACCACCAUCGGCCCACGCCUCGCGCUGCACCCACCCCACCCACCCCAACGCGCAACCAUGGGCGGCCCUAACCUCGAAGUCGCCAAAUUCGGCAUGUACAUCCUCUUCCCGAUCAGCAUCAUGUACUACUUCGGCACGAACCUCGACGGCAAGUUCUCCGUGCCGGACUUCUGGCCCAAGCCCGAGCAAACCCACCGCAUUCCGUAUGAGCGCGAGGAGAUUGCCAAGGAGCUGGAGCGGCUGAAGGCGCGGAAUCUGGAGAACCGGAGGCGGAGGGAGGAGGAGGAGAGACGUAUGGCGGCGAUGGGUGUUGGGAAGGAGGAGUAGGGUGUGCGGACUGCUGGGUGUGCAGACUGCUGGGUGCUAUGGGGGGGAGACACAAUGCAUGGGAGGCGUUUGGAAGGGCGAUGAGCCUGUGUAGGAUAUUGUACAGUGCUGUGUUAUACAUCUAUAUGCGCAUA